AUGUCUACCGACGUGGAGAAACCUCCCCCGCAUUUGUGUCAGGAUGCUUCCCAUCUCCCCUUUGCGGGGGUCCCAAAGCGGAAGCCAGUCCCUGUCGCAGAGGCUUCUCCCGAGCCAGCAGCCAUUGCGACGAAAGGAUCUAGCGUACAACACCCCACCAAAGCAGCUUGGUGGGACUGGCGACAAUUCUCGAAAAAGAAGCGCCUGGUAGUUGCCGCAGUUGCAAUCGCGGUCAUCUGUCUCCUUGCUUUGAUCAUCGGCCUUGCUGUGGGAUUGACCAGGGGGAAAGGCCACUCAAAUCUUCCUCUUCCCACCUCCCAUGGUGGUCCCUAUUCAGGAGAUUUGACCUACUACAAUCCAGGCCUCGGCUCAUGCGGCUUCACCAGCACAGACUCGGACAUGAUCUGUGCCGUCUCGCAUGUUCUGUUUGAUGCUGCUUCGACCGGGUCGAAUCCGAAUGCGAAUCCGCUGUGCGGGCUCAAAUUGAGGCUUCGUCGAGGUGAAUCGAGCGUAGAUGUCAAGAUUGUUGAUCGAUGCGUGGGAUGUAAAGUGAAAGAUUUGGACGUCUCGCCCGCUGUCUUUCAGAAUCUUGCUGAUAUGGAUCUUGGUCGGGUCACCGUUGAAUGGUCGUGGCUGGAAGACUCUCCUGUUGCUUCAUUACAGUAA